CCUUUCCCAUCAUUAAACGCCAUCCGUCGCCGCUUCCGUCCCUUUUCUUCCUCCUCCGCGCCGGUGCGGACGACGGUGGCGUCGCCAUGCCCCCGAGCCAGGCGACCCACGACACGGCCUCCGAUGCCUCCGCCACCGCCGCGACAACUUCGGAGCUGGAGCCGGGUCAUUCGCCGCCGGGGGCCCCGAUCCAGCUCCUCCCCCAGGACGCCCUCCACAACGUUCUCGGCCGCCUCUCCCUCCGCGAGGCCCUUGCCUGCCGCCCAGUCUGCCGCCUCUUCCGGGACGCCCUCUCAUCCUUUCCCUUUCUGUCCUCUCUCCCCCCUCUCCGCCUCCUCGCCCUCCGCCACCCCCGCUCCUCGGCCAACGGCGGCGGACGCGACUCCCACGGAUCCUGUCUCCACGCGUUCGAUCCCUCCCUCCGUCGCUGGAUCCGCCUUCCCCUGUUUUUCCUCCCCUUUCCCUCCUCCUCCCCGGUGACCGCCUCCCCCUCCCUCCUCUACCUCUGGGUCGACGCCGCCGCCGCCUCUACUGGCGACGCAAAGAUCCCGAGGACCCUCGCCGUCUACAAUCCCCUCUCCGGAUCCCACCGCCUGCUCCCCCCGCUCGGCUCCGCCUGGUCUCGCCACGGCACCGUCCUCGCCGGCCCUGGUGGUGCUGUUCUCGUCCUCACCCAGCUGGCCGCCCUCGCGUAUUCCCCCGGAUCCGACCGCUGGCUCAAGUUCUCCCUCAACUUGCCUUCCAAGCCCCGGAGCCCAGUUCUGAUGGCCGGGGCGAUCUUCGCGCUAUGCGACGUCGGCACUCCCUGGCGGAGCCUGUGGAGGCUCUUCUCCUGCCGCCUGCUCGAUCUCGGUGAGUGGGCUCCGCUGAAACGGCCCGAGUGGGGGGACGUGCUCAACAUCCUCAAACGGCCGCGCCUGCUGGCUGGUGCGGGCGGUGGACGGAUAUUAAUGAUCGGAGGGCUACGGUCGUCGCUCGAUGCGGAUGCGCCGUGCUCGACGGUGCUGAUCUUGAGGCUCGAUCUACAAACGAUGGAGUGGGAUGAGGCUGGUAGGAUGCCUUCGGAGAUGUAUCAGUGCUUCGGGGGUGGCGGGUUGGGCCAUGUGGCGGCAGCCGGCGGGGCCAAUAACAAGGUGAAGGUGUUCGGUGGGGACGGGAGGGUUUGGUUCUCGGGGAGGAGGGUCAGAGGAAAGUUGGCAAUGUGGGAGGAGGACGACAAGGGUGGCUGUGGUGUGUGGAGUUGGGUUGAUGGCGUUCCAGGGUGCAAUGAAGGAGUAUACAGGGGCUUCGUCUUUGAUGCUGGUUUCAGUGCCAUGCCCUGAGAUACACAAACUAGUGAGCUUAUGAUUGACUUUUGAAAGUAUAAUUAACUUGGUAUCUCCCUCCUCGAGCCUGUUUUGUACCAGUAACCAAGUAUAGAGAGAACCACUUGCUGCACAUAAAAUCCGAGACGGCGGAGAGAUAGGCCUUUGCAUCAGUGCGAGCCAUUGCAAGGGAGGGGUUGGUGUGAAGGUGGCUUCGCUUCGGCGUCUGUACUGCACCGUGCUUUGUGUAUGAGAACAUGAAACCCAUGAAGGUGCGUGCUUAUCGUUUUCACUGGUCUUGGCAUCACAUUUAGUUGACGCAACCAAGGCCUCGGUUGUCUAUCGAAUCUUUAUUUGAGUUUAUGUAGCACUCUACUACUUGAUGAAUGUAGUCUAGCCUAUAUGGCUUAUCAA